AUGAACAAUAAUGUACCGGGAAGAGGUAAUCCUAUAAGAGAUCGAGCUGGUCCAGGAGCUGCUGCUGGUGCUGCUACUGAUCAAGUAAAAAGUCAAACAACAUCGAGCCCCCUUGGCCCAUUAUCUCCUAUACUUACUUUGCUUGGGGGCAACUUGUAUGGUACAGGCUCUCCAUAUCCUUAUUAUCCUUACUACAGUGGAUAUGGAGCAUAUAAUCCGUAUGUGUCGUAUUAUUACUAUGGUGGUUAUCCAUACUACUACUACUACUAUUAUUAUUAUUACGGUUAA